AAAUAUUAGAUUAUGUUUUGUAUGCCAUGUAUUUGUGGCUUUUGCUUUUGCGGCGCCUCGUUUUGAUGACGUGCCCGCAGAAGAGCGCUGACAGCGAAAAAAUACAUAUGAAAACAAAAAAAUCAUGAGGAAAAUGCAAUCAAAGGAGAAAGUGAGGGAAUAGCAAGAACAACAAAGUCGUUGAGCAGGGACGUCGACAGCGGAAAUGUUGUAAAUUGAUUUGUGUGUGAAGGGUUGUUGUUUGAAUGCGCAGGGGAAAGUGCGGCGCCGUCGACUUCGACGACGACGAUGACUUCGUCAACGAUAGCGUUUGACGAUGAAAAGCAUACAAUGAUAUGGAGGCAGCAAAUGAAAUGAUUCAGAAGUAAAACUAACGUGGCCGAGAGUGAUUGAUGUUUACGUCUUUGAAAAUAUUGUUUUAAGAGCGUACGCCUAUUAAAAAUUUAGUUAUUUACUUUUGUAAAAAUAAAAUAGGAAUCAAGUUAAUUUCAAGUGAUUAGUUGGAGUGAAAUUGACUUCAGAAUAUAGAACGGGCGUGCGUGCGUGUUUUUGACACAGAUUAUUUCGUAUAGAUCGAAUAUAGUAAGAAUUCAGCAAUAAUAGCAUAUCUACAAAAAAUUACAUAAAACAUCGUCCAAUAAUAUCAACCAGAGUUCAACAUACAACACUACAUCAGUAACAAAAAAUAACCCAAAAGCAAUACCAUACAGUUGCACCCACGACCAUCAGAAAAGCGGAAAGGAAUAUAUAUAAGCGAUAAACUUGAAUAUCAACAGAUUGCGCAUUAUUACUAGAAUUUUGCAUUACUACAUCCUUUGAGGCUCGACUCCUGUUUGGAAAGCAGCACUUUUGAAAAUGUUUAUUGAAGAUGACGCACAGAUGGAGAGCUUUUGGGUGCAGAGUGCGAUCGGCGCCAUAAAGGUGCUCGCUUUUGUGUGUGACAUAAUCACAUUGCCGGUAUAUUUGGUGUUGCAGCGACCAUGGAAACGAAGAGAGGAGUCGCGUCGCGUCAAGGCGCGUGUCGUCAGCUCCGACGAACAUUCGUUGACCUAUCACACCAUUGAGCCACCACGGGAAGUGCACGUAAAAAUGCUGCAAAAUAACAUUGACACACUGGAAAAGAUGUUCAACUAUGUCGCCAAAGUGCAUUCGAACAAACGUUGCUUGGGCACACGUCAAAUCCUCAGCGAAGAGGAUGAGUUGCAACCGAAUGGACGCAUCUUCAAGAAAUACAAUAUGGGCGAGUAUAAGUGGAAGAAUUUCAUUGAAGCGGAUCGUAUGGCUACCGCUUUUGGGCGUGGUCUGCGCGAGUGUGGACUGAAUGCGCGUCAAAAUAUUGUCAUCUUUGCGGAGACUCGCGCUGAGUGGAUGAUUGCGGCGCAUGGUUGCUUCAAGCAGGCUAUGUCCAUUGUAACCGUCUAUGCCACACUGGGUGAUGAAGGAGUGGCGCAUUGUAUCAGUGAAACCGAAGUCACCACUGUGAUCACUUCACAUGAGUUGUUGCCCAAAUUCAAACAGUUGUUGGAUAAGUGUCCCAAAGUUGAUACCGUAAUUUACAUGGAGGAUCAGCUGCACAAGACUGAAACAACGGGAUUUAAGAGUGGCGCGAAGAUAAUCGCUUUCUCGCAAGUGGUGCGCAUGGGACAGGAAAGUAAAUUUGAGAGCGUUCCACCCAAAGCUGAGGAUACAGCCAUCAUCAUGUACACAUCCGGGUCAACAGGUACACCAAAGGGUGUAGUACUAUCACACAACAAUUGCAUUGCCACAAUGAAAGGAUUCUGCGAUGUGGUGGCAGUGCGACCUGAUGAUGUGCUAAUUGGCUUCCUUCCACUGGCGCACGUUUUUGAGCUACUUGCCGAGAGUGUUUGCCUAAUGACUGGCGUCCCCAUUGGCUAUUCUACGCCACUGACCAUGAUUGACACCAGCAGUAAGAUUAUGCGUGGUAGCAAAGGUGAUGCGACUGUAUUGAGACCCACUUGCAUGACUUCCGUGCCGCUUAUUUUGGACCGCAUCUCCAAGGGUAUUAACGAUAAAAUUAAUUCAGGCUCCGCCUUUAAGAAAGCGCUCUUCAAAUUCCUUUAUCAAUACAAAGUGCGUUGGACACAGCGCGGCUACGAGACGCCAUUGGUUGAUAAGCUAGUGUUCCAGAAAGUCGCCAAAUUGCUGGGUGGACGCGUACGCUUGGUUUUGUCAGGUGGUGCGCCACUCUCGCCCGACACACACGAACAAAUCAAAACUUGCUUGUGCGUAGAAUUGGUGCAGGGCUAUGGUCUGACUGAGACUACAUCAGGAGCGACAGUUAUGGAUGCUCGCGAUUUGACUUAUGGUCGCACUGGUGCACCGCUGACGGUCUGUGACAUACGUCUGGUCAACUGGGAGGAAGGCCGAUAUCGCAUUACGAAUAAACCAUAUCCACAGGGCGAAGUGUUAAUAGGCGGCGAUAACGUGUCCAAGGGUUACUACAAAUUGCCCGGCAAGACUGCUGAAGAUUUCUUUGAGGAGGAUGGCAAACAAUGGUUCAAGACUGGCGACAUUGGUGAAAUUCAUCCAGAUGGUGUACUUAAAAUCAUUGAUCGUAAGAAGGAUUUGGUGAAGCUGCAGGCCGGCGAAUACGUUUCACUCGGCAAAGUGGAAUCUGAAUUGAAAACCUGUCCGCUCGUGGAGAAUAUCUGCAUUUACGGUGAUCCUUCUAAGCAAUUUACUGUGGCGUUGCUUGUGCCAAAUCGCAAGCACCUCGAAGAGUUGGCCGAACGCAAUAGCUUGAAGGACAAAUCGUUUGAGGAAUUGUGUGCAAGUGCAGCCAUGGAGAAGGCGGUAAUCAAAGAAAUUGCUGAGCACGCUAAGAAAUGCAAAUUGCAAAAGUACGAAGUGCCCGCAGCCAUUACGUUAUGCAAGGAGGUUUGGUCGCCGGACAUGGGGCUCGUUACGGCCGCCUUCAAGCUGAAGCGCAAGGAAAUCCAAGACAAAUACCAGCACGAUAUUAAUCGCAUGUACGCCUCAUGAAAGUCAAUGCACUGAUAUGCUGUUUUUGAACAAAUAUAAAAGUACAUUUUUCUGGUGUGUUGCACGGCAAGUUCAGCUAAAUUAAAAAUUUGCGAACUGGUGCGAGCAAAAAUUAGGAAAUCCAACCGGCCAUUGAAUGGUUGCGGAAAAAUGUAAAUUCAAGUUUAAAUAAUAAAAGAAAAGCAUGCGAAAAAAGGCAGAAACUACAAAAAACUGGAAAAAUCAGCAAAAUAGCAAAAUUGCGUUUGCUGCAAAAACAAAAACAAAUUUAGAUCUUUCGUUUCCUCAAACGUCUUUUUUUAACUAUAAAUAUUAUUACAAAAUAUAUUUUUUUUUUUGUAAAUUAUAAUUAUUAAAUAUAAUCGAAGUUGUAAUGUGUUUUAGGUGCGUUAUUACGAUUAUAUGUAAAUGUAUAAUGUAUAAC